CGGUGUCGGGCUGUGCAGCCGGGGCUGUGUUACCUGAGCGCAGCCCGAGGAGGCCACCGCCAUGGCCGGCUGCUCCCCCAGGCUCCAGCUCUGGCUCCUGCUCCACGUCUCCUGCCUCUGCCUGGCCCAGAUCCGAGGGCCGCCGGGAGAGCCCGGCCCGCGAGGUCCCCCCGGUCCCCCAGGAGUGCCAGGAGUGGAUGGCAUUGACGGUGACAAAGGCUCUCCUGGAGCCCCUGGGUCCCCGGGUACCAAGGGCGAGCCUGGAGUUCCUGGUCCGGAUGGGCCCCCGGGGAAGCCGGGCAUCGAUGGCCUGACGGGAGCGAAAGGGGAGCCAGGACCCAUCGGUGGGCCAGGAGUUAAAGGCCAGCCUGGACUCCCAGGGCCACCGGGGCUCCCCGGCCCUUCGCUGCCAGGACCACCCGGGCUUCCAGGCCAGGUUGGGCUUCCUGGAGAGAUCGGAGCGCUGGGACCCAAGGGUGACCCUGGACCUGAUGGCCCGCGGGGUCCCCCAGGCCCUCCAGGGAAACCUGGCCCCCCAGGACACAUCCAAGGAGUGGAAGGCAGCGCUGAUUUCCUGUGCCCCACCAGCUGCCCGCCAGGUCCCAAGGGCCCCCAGGGACUGCAGGGACUGAAGGGACACAGAGGCCGCCCCGGUGCCCUCGGGGAGCCCGGCAAGCAGGGCAGGCAGGGCCCCAAAGGUGACGUUGGUGUCUCCGGAGAACAAGGUGUCCCAGGCCCCCCGGGACCACAGGGCCUGAGGGGUUACCCCGGGAUGGCGGGACCCAAGGGCGAGACAGGUCCUGCUGGUUACAAGGGGAUGGUCGGGACCAUCGGAGCAGCCGGGCAGCCGGGCAGGGAAGGCCCCAAGGGACCACCUGGGGACCCUGGUGAGAAGGGAGAGCUGGGUGGCCGUGGCAUCAGGGGCCCCCAAGGAGACAUCGGCCCCAAGGGGGAGAACGGUCUCCCAGGCAUCGAUGGCAAAGAUGGCACCCCGGGCAUCCCAGGCGUGAAGGGUGGUGUGGGGCAGGCCGGCCCCCCAGGAACACCGGGACACCGGGGACAAGCUGGUUUGCCGGGCCAGCCGGGGAGCAAAGGUGGCCCAGGAGACAAGGGUGAAGUGGGUGCUCGGGGCCAGCCCGGUGUCACCGGAGCCCCGGGGCAGAUCGGUGAGCCUGGACCUCGCGGCGAGCAGGGACCACAGGGUGUCCCCGGGUUGAAGGGUGACCGGGGCGAGCGUGGCCCCGUGGGCCCCCCCGGCGAGCAGGGGAAAGUGGGGCCGAAGGGCGAGCAGGGUCCACCAGGGAUCCCAGGACCCCAAGGUUUGCCGGGAGUCAAAGGAGACAAGGGCUCCCCAGGGAAAACUGGCCCCAAAGGCAGCAUUGGAGACCCGGGCGUUCAUGGCCUCACAGGGCUGAAGGGAGAGAAGGGUGAAUCGGGAGAGCCAGGGCCGAAGGGACAGCAAGGCAUCCAGGGGGAGCUCGGCUUCCCCGGCCCCUCGGGGGACGCAGGCGCACCCGGCGUGCAGGGCUACCCGGGACCCCCCGGCCCGCGAGGACUCGUCGGGGAGCGCGGUGUGCCGGGGAUGCCUGGCCAGCGGGGAGUAGCGGGCCGGGACGCCGGGGACCAGCACAUCGUCGACGUGGUCCUGAAGAUGCUGCAAGAGCAGCUGGCGGAGGUAGCAGUCAGUGCCAAGAGAGCAGCCCUGGGUGGAGUCGGUGCCAUGGGACCCCCUGGACCCCCCGGUCCCCCAGGGCCACCCGGUGAGCAGGGUCCACACGGACCCAUGGGACCUCGAGGUGUCCCCGGCAUCCUGGGUGCUGCCGGGCAGAUCGGCAACAUAGGACCUAAAGGGAAGCGAGGGGAGAAGGGUGAGCGGGGAGAAGCCGGCCGUGGCCACCCGGGCAUGCCGGGUCCCCCAGGGAUCCCAGGUCUCCCCGGCAUCCCCGGCCACGCUCUCGAUGGCAAGGCCGGGGAGCGGGGUUUGCCGGGCUCCCCGGGAGAAGCCGGCCGGCCAGGCCUGCCUGGCCCCGCGGGCCUGCCCGGGUUCUGCGAGCCGGCCGCCUGCCUGGGAGCCUCGGCCUACGCCGCCGCUCGCCUGACCGAGCCCGGAGCCGUCAAGGGACCCGUCUACUGAGGAGGCAGCGGCAGAGCCGGCCGGGAAACCCACCCUGGGGCUGGCAGAAAGAGAGACCAGAAAACUGCAAAUCCAUAGGGAGCCACCUCCGGCCGUCCCGGCUGCGGGAGGGCGCUGGGCUCGGGCAGUCACUGGAGGGGAAACAGCCUCGGGGGGUUAAUUUGGUGCAGGUGUCACCCCCCCUCCCACAGCCCGGGGGAUGGUGAAGAAUAAAGAGAGGUCACCCCGAGUCCCCUCCUCAUUACUGGGGUUCAUUACCUGCCCCUUCUGCCCGUCCUCUGCUCCCUGUGCCCCCCCCAAAGAAAUAAAUUGUCUUUUAUACAAAUCCUCUUACCUUGGUGCUGAGUUGGUUCGGUGCUGAUUUCUUUUUUUGUCCUUUUUUCUAAACAAAACAAAGCAAAAAUUGUGGUUUGAUUAUUUAAGGGACUUGCCAGAUCCAGCCUUUUUCACUGCUGGGCACUCACAGAGCUGUAAAUCUUUGUAAAAUAGGAUUAUUUUAUAACUAUGAAUAGUAAACCACCAACUUUUUAAAAAAAUGGACAAUAAAACCAAGAUGGAUUGUUAAUUAACUGAAA